GAAAAUAAGGAAAUAAACAUCAUUGAUAAAAGCUUUGCGGAUGCCAAGCCUAGUAGAUAAAUAGAUCUAAUACUUAUAAUACAAUUUAGUUCGAAGUUUCCGGAACAUUUCGUCUGUUUUCGUUGCUUAGGAGAAUCUCCGCAAGGGCAAGUUAAAACCUUGGAAAAGGUGGAUAUGUCAUAAUCGGAUUCGAAGGCCAAGAUUACAGUACUUUCGAUAACAUUAUUUCAGAAUAAUUAAGUAGACUUAAGGGCUGUUGAAGUUCUGCUUGUUGUUGACAAGCCGUUUGAGAAUUUGGAGUUAAAGAUGAGGUAAGAAUCAAUAAAUGAAAAUCAUUUUGUUUAAAAUAGUUAUGGAGCUUAACUAGUACAGCCUAUUGUUAAUCACUUGUGUUUAUGAACUUAAUUUACUUAUUACAUUCCAUACAAGUGUAUUUGAUAAUGUCAAGCCAUAGUAAAAAAUAAGUAUGGUGUAUUUUUCUUGUCAUGUUUUAUUAUUUUCUGUAUUUUAUCUUCAUUGUAUCCCCAGUGAAGUUGAUGAAUUAUUUUCAACUCUGCCAAUAGAAUUUCUACCCAGAAACCGUCCCCCAGGUGGCACAAAUUAUCUGUUUGCUUGGAAUGAUGAUUCUAACAAAGAUGAGUGGAGAGCAGAUGGUUACAGGUGGAGACAGGGUGGUUCUAACCACCUAGACAACAUGACAAAGAAAUAUUUCAAGAUCUACACUGGUCCAAGGCAGUGGAGCCGGGAGUUCACAAGAUCUGCCAUUUUUCAUCAUGAUCACCCAAAAACUGUCCUCGUACAAUAUUUUGGGGAUGAGUCUAAGGCUGACGGCUUUGGCACAGUGGGCAAGAAAUCAGCAAGAAACCUAACAAGGGCUUUACCUGGGGGUGUCAAAAUAAAAAAGUCAGAAGCAAUAAGUGUCUCAGCACAAAAGCUGUUCCAAGAGUUGGCUGCUAAAGCAGAUGAACCAUCGGCUCCACAAGUCUCUAGUGCACCAAAGUCUGGUCAAAGUCACUUUAGACUUCCAAAGGAUGCUUUGUUUGAUUUGCAUAAAUUUGCAUGUGGCAUUACAUUUGUACGUCACAUCACAACAUUUCCAGACCUGACAAUUGUUAUGUGGAUGGAUGAGAGCGUAGACAUACUUAAGGACAUACUAAAACGUACAAAUGUUGUCCAGCUGUUAACUUACAGCACAUUUAACCUGGCUGAAUUUGAUGUCUCUGUUCUGACAUUCCAGGAAAAUGAAUUUCUUAUUGCACCAACUGUGCCCCUAGCUUUCAUGGUACAUGGGAAAAAAAGUGCACUUUCUCAUGAAAUCUUUUGGCAACACAUGAAAGAGGUCUGUCCAGAACUGAAGAAACAUGUUGUUGUAGUUGCAGAGCAGUUGGAUGGUGUAGACACGGCCAUUGAGGCAAGUUUUCCUACCCUGCCACAGUUCCUGUGCUGGAACAAUGUGGUCCAGGGUUGCAAAUCCUGGCUGAGCUCACAUGGAGUGCAGUCCGCAGAUAAAAUUGUCUUCUAUGUAGACAGUGUCAGGUCACUUCUCCAGUCCAGCACGGAGGCUGAGUAUAAAGAUGGUAUCAUCUCUUUCUUGUCCAAAUGGGACUCUCCAUUUUUGGAGUACUACAUGAAAAAUGUGCACACCGUGGCCCACAAGUUGGGCUCGUGGGUCCUGCAGCAACAUGGUCUGACAGAAGUUGCUGGCAGCCGGUGUGAGGGCCUGCAGUGUGUGCUGAGUCAGCUGGAGGAGUGGGAGGGGACCACGCUGGACUCAGCUGUACUCAGCCUGUACCUGCUGGCCCAGUCUAGUGUAACCCAGGUGCUGAAGGGCAGGACCAGCUCGGGAGACUACCAGCUCAUACCAGAGCUCAGGCAGGUGUAUGAACAAGAUGAGACACUCAUACCAUCAGCUCUUUCUCCAGGGGAAAUUGUGCAGAGGAUCCGUGAGGGGCUUGUACAGUUGAAAGGUGAUGAGCCUGUUAUUGCAUCAAGUUUGACUCUGCCUAAACGCAAUACCACAGGAACAUUACAACAAGUGAUUGAGGAAAAUGAACCAUUUCCUUUAGAUUCUCAGCUACAAGUUUUCAUUGUUGAUUCCUUAGACCCUAAAAUUAUUUCCAAUUUAAAGCAAGAAAGUUAGCCGUACAAAUUUGAUCACCAAGGGAUUGUAUUAUCUUCAAAUGUGGUUUCAAACUACUGUCAUCAUGCUGAUUGUCCUGUGAUGAUUUAGCUUAUGCCAACAUUUCUGUAGUACAAAAACAAGAAUCAUUACAUUUCAUUUGUGAAUUCUGUAAAUAAGUUAUUUCUAUUAAAAGUAUCUAUUGGCAAAACUUGUUUUUUGUUGUUAAUUUGUCAAAAUGUAAACAUAUUCUAGUCAAUGUUUCAACCUGUGAUCUUAUCUUCAUGAACAUUAUAUGGUGAUGCUUACAAAGCAAUUUGAAACUAGAUUUCUAAUGCUCUGAAAUCCAUCUGAACAAACUAUGU